AUGUCGUGUGGGGCAGAAUGUCUGUCCUUGGGCCCUCCGCCCGAUUCCAUUCUGCAUAUGCCGCCUCCGCCGCUACCAGCUUUCCUCGCGAACAUGGCCAAUCUAACUCCACCCUGCAGGGCGUCCAAAUGUCCUCCGCAACACAACAAUGAAGAUAACUCGCUAUUUCCUGGUGUAGAGUACCACGAAUUGCCUCGGCAUGAGCCAGCUGCUACAGACGAUACAUGGUUUUUGGUGCUCAUUACUUGCUGCAUAGCUGUCCUCUGUAUUGCUGCUCUUCUUGCUCUAUUUCUAUUGAAGUGUAGAGAAGCUCGAGGUGGAUGUAAGAGCGGAACCGGCAAAACGAGUGGUUCUAAUGCACUCUACGGCAGUGCUGCGCUGGACUCUCGUGUUCUCUGGGCUGCCCUUACUCCUAGAGGGACACGACACUUCGUGGCAGACACAUAUCCCCACGACGAGACCGAGGACCACCAUUACGAAUGUGUUGAACCACCACUUUACAAACUGGGACCCCCCGAAGACCUUGCUAUCACUCGACAUUACAACGUCGAGUAUGAAGACCCGGCUCCAUUAAUCGAAAGCUACUCAGACCGUACUGAGGAGUAUUUCAGGAAUGGAAUGGAAACGCUUCGUAGAGGAAAUAGACCGCUAGUAUCGUCGCCCACAAGGAUCGAAAGACCAAAUUUGCCGCCGUUAAAUCUUCAGCCCCGGACCCUAAGGAGAGCUCCACACUCCCGCCGCGUUAGUGAUGCAAAUAAUCCAGAAAAGUCGGCCAUCUGA